CUCAUUUAAUCAGGUUUUUAUUUUGAUUAUUCGUUUCUACAAUAAAUGAUUAGAACAUUGAAUGUAUAGUAUUCAUACUGACACUUUCACAGUGCAGAUCUACUCUACAAAAUAGUCCUAUGAUAGGCCUAUUCGAAAAUACCAGCGCUUCGUGACUUCGUGGACGAUCUUCUUCCUAAAUUUACACUACAAAGAUUGUGUGCCCUGUGAACUUUGAUGAUUUCUGUACUGAAACUAGUAAGAAAUAAAUGGACGGAUAUGACAGGCCAGUUUCGUAGUAAUGUUUGGGAUCCAGUUCUUAUUAUAUCUCAAAUAAUAUGUGUGCAGUCAGUCUUCUAUGUGUCUCUUGGAUUUUGGAUGGUUGUCUUGGAUUUUAUCGGUGCAUUUGACUUGUCAGUUGACCAAAUGUUUACGAUGUCAGACUUAGGACUAGGUGAAGAUAGCGGUAGAGCUAAUGUAAUAGCUUUUGGUUUGAACAGUCUGACUUGCUCUGUAGCAUUAUUAUUAAUUGUUGGACGAACAAAACAGUGUCUAGAUUUUUCAUCAACUAUUCUUCUCUUUCAUUUUAUAUUCUGUUGGAUUUUUAACGGACAUAUUCCACAAACAUUUUGGUGGUGGAUAACAAAUGUUGCAUCAUUGAUAUUUACCACAGUUUUAGCCGAGUAUUUAUGUAUGGUGAAUGAACUUAAGGCAAUCCCUGUCAUGGGUCCAAAAGUAGAUUUAUAGUACCGGUAUGAAUUUCUUUUUUGCUUCACCAAAAAUUUUCAUCCAUCUCUCUUUCAUUUGUAUAUUGAACCAUAUAGCAUUUUUAAGCUUUAUUGUGAUUUAAAAAAGGUUAUAGAAAUAUUAAAACAGAACCUGAAUCAUGUUGAUAUUCAGAUUUUCGUGCCUUGUAGGUCCGAAAAUUGCACAGCAUGAAACUCUUGAGUUACAACAAGUUCAGGUUCUGUUUUGAAAUUUCAAUAUAGCUCUACAAUAAAAUUGAUGUAUUGAGCACUAUUAUGAUGUCUUUAAAUGACACAGCUCUAUGG